UGUAAUGUGAGUCAUUUAAUGCUUUUAACAAAUAAUAUAUUUAAAAAUAAAUAAAUUAUAAUAAAACAAUUAACAAUGAAAACGGAACUAAUUAGCUAGUAUGCAAAUGUUGGCAGCUACUUUGACACUCAUAUGUAAACUUUGAGUUCACAUUACAGAGACAAAAUUAAGCUUCAUUCCUGUUACAGUUAUACUUAUUUUUACAACUACUACUACUACUAUUAUUACUACUACUAUUACUAUUAUUACUAUUACUAUUAUUAUCAUAAUCUGUUUUAUAGCAUAUAAUUUUCUAAAGACAUUCUGAGGAAUUUUAUUUAAAGCAAACACACAGAAUGGCUCCUAGCUGGUAUCACUGCCGUGUUUGCUGACGUUGGACCUCGUUGUACUGGGACUGAGGGGAAGCCGCCUGUAGUCAGAGCACCAUGUGUCGCUGUGCUGGCUCUGUCACUGCCGGGUCAAUCCUACUGAGUGAAACUGACACGGGGAGGGGGGGCCAGCCCCACAGACCGCCUCACCCUCUUACCCCGUCCUGAAGCACACUCUCACGACACACACGGACAAACGCCGGGCUAGCCGGCUGAGGGUAUGGGCAACUCGUCCCGAAAAGAGGCCGAGGACGAAGGAGGAGAGGAAAAGGAGAAGAAGGAUAAAGAGAAGGGAGAUGAAGGAGAGGAGGAGGUGGAGGAAGAGGAAGAGGAAGAGGAGGUCGUGGAGGACGAGGAGCUGCCUCUCGGAGUCGACGAGCUCUUGGCGAGCGGAGAUCCCGUGUUGGACCUGAGCUACUACAAGUUCCGUCACCUUCCUCGUCAAGUCCUGGAUCUGGAGUACCUGGAGAAGCUCUACGUCUGUGGAAACCGUCUCCGCAACGUCCCCAAGGGCAUCACGCGGCUGCAGGGUUUGCGUACCCUGGCACUUGACUUCAAUAAGCUCGAAGAUGUUCCCCUCACUGUGUGCAAGCUGACCAAUCUCACGUGUCUUUACCUGGGAAGCAACCGGCUUAUGAGCCUCCCACCAGAAGUGAGGAACUUGCAGAGCUUACGUUGCCUCUGGGUGGAGAGCAACUACUUCCAGCGAUUCCCCAAGCAGUUGUACGACCUUCCCAAUCUACGCUCUUUGCAGAUCGGGGACAACCGUCUGCGCACCCUUCCCUCGGACCUAUGGCGCAUGGAGGCCCUGAGAGGACUCUGGCUGUAUGGAAACCGCUUUCAGGAGUUUCCGCGAGUGCUCCUCAAGAUGGAGCAGCUGGAGAUUCUGGACAUGGACCGCAAUCGGAUAUCAGAGUUCCCAAACUUGCAUCAUCUUCCUGCGCUGCGACUCUUCUCCUACGACCACAACCCUGUAAAGGAGCCGCCCCGUGUAGGGGAGGAGGUGCUUAUUGUUGGGGAAGGGGCUGAGGAGGUCUUGCAGGCAAGAGAGAGAAGGAAAGAGGCAAAAGAACGUGCAGAGAAGGAAGCAGAGGAGGCGGCGGCCGCUGCGGCAGCAGCAGCUAAUCCAGUCAUUCACGGAAUACUCAAGAAACUCCGAAUGAGCUCCGCCCUCAACUUGGCAGCUGCUAAGGUGAAAGAAACAAAUGGGUCGGGUCCAUCAACAGGGGACGAGGACGGAACACAAAAUAAUGACAAAGAGGCGGAGUCUGAGAAACAAAGUGUGGCGGAGCUUGGGUAUGACGAUGACGGCUUGGAGUAUGAAAGGGAGGAGCUAGUCUACGAGGGGGAGGGGUAUGACGGCUACGAGGGGGCAGAGUUAGAGUAUGAGAGAGCCGAAAUGGAUUAUGAAUAUGAAGGGGAGGAGCAAGAAGAACCUUGAUGCUCGCACCUCUUCUAUGGGUCAUGGUAGUCUGAAGUGUGUACUUUCUGCAAACAGAAAUGCAGUUUGUUUCAACAGCCAUCAGUCUUCAGCCAACAUUCAUUAUUGUUUGCAACUCUGUGGUGCAGAUGCUACACACUUCUGCUUUACUCAUCUGAAGUAUUACUGCAAGGGUUGCAGGUUCAAUCCCAAGGAUGAACUGGAGAGUAACUAAGAGUUAUUGGGGCCCUGAUAAUGGCACUUAAGUAACCCCAGAAUGCUUUAUGCGGUAAAGAAAGCGACUGCAAGUCGCUCUAAUAAAAAGCAUCUGCUAACAAUAACAUAAACAUUAAAUUGGUGUCCGAUCGUUUGGAAAGUAGAAGAAUAGUUCACCCAAAAAUGAAAAAUCUGCCAUCAUUUACUUACCCUUGUGUCAUUCAAAACCUGUAUGACUUUCUUUCUUCUGUGAAAAACAAAAGAAGAUAUUUUGAAGAACUGUUUUUGUCCAUACGAUGAAAGUCAGUGGGGUCCAAAACUACAUUAUUUUUCAAAAUAUCUUCACUUUUGCUCAGCAGAAGAAAUAAAGUUUGGAACAUUUUGAGUGUAAGUAACUGAUGCCAUUUUUAUUUUUGUGUGAACAAUCCUUUUAAUGCACUUGAAACAUGAAAAUGUAGCCUCUCAAUUUGGCAGUGUAUCAAUAACACAAUUUCUCAAAUAUAGCUUAAGUUAUAAAAUAGCAUUACUUAAUACCCCAUGAAUUAACUUUUGCAAAUACGCAACAGUUUUUUCCACACAAGUAUAAGCAAGUGUUGCUAUUAUUAGAAGGCAUUAUUGUUGGCCAGACCAUUGUUGCAAUCCUCAAACACAGGACUCUCUUCAGUGAUUACAGGGUUUAAGACUUGUGAUUUGUAAAAAUCAACUGUGAAGACCUGUGAAACUGCACAACUUGCGUCAAAACUACAUUACUGUGUGCUGUGUAUUUCUAAUUAAGAGCAGGACUCAGAUAUUUCUGUUUGUGAGUGUGUGUGUGUCUGGAACUUUACCCUGACACGAGUGUACUGUUUAUAAGAAACUUGAUGCUGCAAUUGCAGCGAUGUGUGUUGGUGAAACCAAAUAUUCUCUUAUUAAAUAACCAAUGAGUUUGCCAAA